AUGGCAGCGAUUAGAUCCAUUGGGUUUAGUCCAAGUGGGAUUAGUGGUACUAUCUUUAGUCCUCGUAGUGGUCAGGGUUCUGGGGUUGGUGUAGAUGCUGGACCUGGUGGUUCUGGGGGUCAAGCUAGUGGUUCAGCUGGAGGUGGAACUAGUAGUACUGGUUCUGGUUCUAGUUCUGACAGUGGAAAAGUUAAAGGUCAUGAAGGUUCUAGCAAUGGUGCAGACAGUGGUUCUGGUUCUUCUGGUAGUGGUUUUGACACUGGGUCUAGAAGUGGUGGUGGUUAUGUCCAUGAUGGUGAGGAUCUUAGUGGCCCAAAGGGUUCACUCAUGGAAGCACUGGCAAGGAUUCAGGACAUAAUUAAUCAUCAUGAUGAUCAAAAGCACACUACUACUGAGGAUGCCAUAGCCCCAGAGUCAGGGUAG